UCGUGGUUGUUAGCUUGUCAGUUAGGUUUCCCGAAGAAUUUUGGCAGGCCAUCUAGUACCCGCGUCUUGAGCAUAGUGGGGUACAGUGGUACCAACAGAGCGCUCGUUCCUAGCAGCCAAAGUGAACGGCUGGGAGGGAAAACGAUUUGGACUGAAUAUUUUCGCUUUCUCUCUUUAAGCUGAACCCCCACUGGCACAUUUCACUCAAGAACAACUUUUGAUACAAUUGUAUAUAUCAGUUGCUCUAAGCACGUGCAGAUCAACGGCGUGGUGUUCCUCUGUCACAUUUGAGGAGAAUUCCGAUUUUUCUAUGGGAAAGUGAUUUAGCUCCUGCGUGUGACUGUGCCAACCUCCCAAAUGGAUUUUCUUAAAAUGACCCACCACCUAUUGGCGAUUUUCCUAGUUGUCAUUUCGAUUUUCGAUGCUUGCUCCGCUCAACGAAAACUGCCAAAACACUCUGUAGUAUCAGUAGACGUAAAGACUGCAGUUCAUUUCGAUUGCCCUGAAGAAUUUGGAUACUACCCUCAUCCAGAUGACUGUACACAGUAUUAUGUCUGCGUUUUUGGAGGAGCCCUACUCGAGUCAUGUACUGGAGGACUCAUGUAUAGUCAAGAGCUGCAGACUUGCGAUUGGCCAAGGAACGUAGGAUGUGAUGGAGCUGAAAUUGCUGCAGCUGCCACAACUCCAUCAUCGCCAUCAAACUCUAGAAUAAAAGAGGAUUACACUAGAACCAGAUAUACUCCACCACCGCCACCAAAGCCAUCUGCGCUGGUAAUUUCAAGAGGACAGCCUAGACAACAACAGAUAUACCACAAUGAAGAAAUCAACUUGAAGCAACAACAACUGUAUCAAGAAUCAGAAGAAGCAUUGCCUGAAGCACAAGAAGAGGAGAGUGACCGACAGCAAAGAUUUUAUCGUGGUCAACCAUCUACCAUUGGACAAGUUCAAAGAGAUAGGGAUGGCCUAAGACAAUCCAAUGCCAUAGCUUAUCACACAGGACAGAAGGAGAAAAUCGGUGUCAUCUCGUUUGGUAUUCACCAACCUCAAGAGCAUCAAAGAGACUUGACUGAUUACUUGGAAAUAUUGACGACUAAUAAGUUGACUUUGACGAGGAGGAAAAAAAGACAAACUGGUCCCAGUUCCUUUUUUAGUCCAAAUAUUGGGCCACCAACUUCAUGGAGUAGCAUCCAGACUCUUAAUAGACCGUCUUAUCCACCAUAUCAAAUACGUCAACCAACUGGACCUGACUCAUCCUAUAGAGGAUUUCCGACUCGACAUCACCCAUCUAGACAAACCAAUUACAAUAACCCAAAAACACACCAUCCAUCAAGAUUUUUAGACGUCAAUCAAUACAACGCAAACUAUUUUACAUCGAAUGCUCAAAAUCAGAGGAACAAUUAUUACUAUCUCCAAGUAGAACCAAAGAGGAUACCAACCAAAGCGGAGGUUUACGAAAAACCUGAAAAAAUUAAGCUGAAAUAUAUACAACCAUCUGGUUUCAAACCUCUUAAUAAUAGCGUCACAGAAGCGAUCACUAAAGGUUUCGAUAUACAAAAAAGUUAUACGUUUCCUCCACAAAAUUUCACGCUUCCUCAUAGACAGAACGAUUUCGAAUGGAAGCCACAAAGUGAUCGAAAUCAUUCUAACGCUAAAUUUAACGCAACGCCGUUUCAUCUGAAGAAUUCUAAUCCAGCCCAAAGUUUCCCAUCCAAAAAUAAUGUGAACAAAUUUACAACUGAAGAACCAACUAAACAGACUAAAAAUUACACAUAUUCAACUUUUUCCUCGCCUAGUAUCACGAAUAAUUUCGUCACGACUGUUACUCAAAGAACUAUAACAUUCGAAACAUCUAACAAAUCACAUCCUGUUACUAAAGUAUACGCUAAUCACAACUAUGACGAGAAAACUGAACCUUCAACUACUUCAGGAAAGACAAAGCAAACGACUAAACCUCCUAUGAAGUUGGAAAACUAUACCACUAAACCAAAACUAAAUCAGAGUACUCACGAAAGAACUAAAUUUGCUGAAGUAAACGCGAAAAGUAAUAAUAGCACUUCUAAGAAAGCUACGAAAUAUUCCUCAAAAUAUAAAGAAGACUUAACUGCUGGAAAAAUGAUAAGGAAACCAUCGAAACAAGGAAGUAGCACCACGGUUUCUACGACAUCUCCUAAACAUACUACAACGUUUGCACCUUCCCAGACAGUAGUCGCAAAAGGAUAUCAAAAAUCUACGACAGAAACACCAACGACUAGACAACCAACAAGGUCGAGGACAAGGCAAACUUCCACUACUACCUCUUCUAGAGGCAAACACAGACAAGUUACGAAAAACAGAAAUAACACCACUACCAGAGCUGAAUCAACAACAGCUGCACCAGAACCGAUAUCUAUAACAUCUCGUAACUUCGCUACCACGAGUCAAUAUUCAGCCAAUGCCUACCAGCAAUAUGAACCGGAAUAUGAUGACAAAACUAAAUAUGAAUACAACAGCUACAAUGAACCUCAGCCAAGUGCUGCACCAGUAUCUUAUAGAAGUAGAACUGCUGCACCAACAUAUCAACAGAACGACCUGCCAUCUCCGAAGAGAGGAAAUGUUAUUCAAAACGACUACAUAAGAGGUGGUUACCAAGAACAGAACCUACCCGAAUACCACGAUGUGGCCUACGAUAAUGAAGAGGAGGACCAUAACUCUUACAGACAGUCUAACAGACAACCAAUCAGGGAGGACAGAAAAGAGACGAAUCUUAUUGAGGAUCAUCCAUCGACAUCUAAAUCUAAAAAUAGAAACGCCGUGUCUCACACGUCCAGUACUAGUAGAUACUCAACAAAAAAACCUGUCAAAACACCUACACCAACAAUUUCAUAUAAACAGAGUACAGUUCCAUCAAGAGCAUCGUCAAAUGCCACAAAUGAAAACUUGCAAGUCUAUCCAAAGCCGAGUCACUAUUUAGUUCCAGGAAAAUCCACACUCUAUACUUUCCCAACAGAAUCCCAAUCCAAGAAUACACAAACAGACAAUUCAAAUCCAAACGAAACUUUAGAAUUCGUCGAAAUUGAAGAGUCUAUUUCAGUUUCUUCAGAGCCAACUAAUCAAUUACUCUCGUCAACAUCUCGUUAUAUUACUAAAAAACCACCAUCCAAGUCAACUUACCAAGUCUCUUCAACUGGAACAUCAUUUAAACAUGAAGAUAACAUUGAAGCAAAACACACUCUUAAUAAUUUUUCCUCUUUUUCGACUACUCCUUCCACUUUCUCUAGCAAAUCAUCAACUUAUUCUUCAGGAAACCAGAAUUAUGCUCUCAUUAAUCCCACAACCUAUUCUCCGCCUCGGUUUCAAUCAAGAAAUACGCCUUCGAGAUCGCAACAAAAGAAUGACAAUAUCAGAAGUACGACUUCUAGAAAUAGAAAACAAGCAAAUUCGCAUUCUGUUCAAUUCAGAGAAAGUACGAGAAAUAGUAAUUCAAAAAAGGCCAACUCGGUGAGGUUCGUUCAAAACUUCGUUCCAAUCAAUCCUAUUUCUAUUAAUCAAGAACUAAUACCUAUCGACAAUCAGGAACCCCCAGAGGAUGAACUCUACAGUUCUACUGAAACUAGUCAAAUGAAGACGACGUCGAGAUAUUACUUUACGCCUAGAAAAAGUACAGUACCCAGUACUACUAUUAAAGACGAAACUACCGAAGAAAAAGUUAUAGAACUAUCAACAACUACUAUCGCGAACAUAGUUUCCUCGCAAAAAACCGAGAUUCUAAAUAAACCAGAACCAACUAUACCAGUACAAGAUCAACAAAUACUCGAAAAACUGAACCGUUACAUAAAUUCAAGUUCCAUAAACGCUGAUUUUGUACCACAAAAUAAAGUUUUCAAGGGUACGGUUGAAAUACCUCCUUUAAAAAGCUUGAUAACCGAUUCAGAUACAGUCAAAGAUGAACCAGACCUACAACCAACUUACAAACUGAAGCCUUUCAAAUUACUUACGAAAACUGCACCAAAUAAGACAGAUUCUUCCUUGAUUACCUCAACUCCUAGAAUUUCCCGGAUAAACCCAGCUUUCAAAUUUAUGAUGAAUUCCCUGCGUGGAACCAAAGGGCAUAACACAAAGUGCAAAGAAUCUCAAAACUGCAGCGAUUUCAAGCUGAGGACCACAAACAGAGGUCGCGGUUCAGGGCAUUACACUGCCGGAAAUGCCAUCACUAAUGAUGUAACUGUUAAUACAGUUACAGUCAAUAGAGGUACUCCACCAUCACGCUCAAGACCAACCCUUAAACCUUCAACAUCUAUUGUGUCGAAAGCUCAAGAAUUCGUCGAUAUCUACAGAUUCCCUCCAAGGAGACCCGAUCCUAUUUAUCCUCAACCUCAACCUGACAAAACUGCUGCCAAGUGUAGGAAAGACGUAUGUCUUCUUCCAGACUGCAACUGCGGAGGAAAAGAUAUUCCUGGUGAUAUUCCUCCUGAUCAAUUGCCACAAAUUGUACUACUGACUUUUGACGAUUCUGUCAAUGACUUGAAUAAGGGGCUCUACCAAGAUCUUUUCGAGAAAGGCAGGGUUAAUCCAAAUGGUUGUCCUAUUUCUGCAACCUUCUACGUCUCACAUGAAUGGACUGACUACAGUCAAGUGCAGAAUUUGUACUCCGAUGGCCAUGAAAUUGCAUCACACACAAUUUCGCACAGUUUUGGAGAACAGUUCUCACAAAAGAAAUGGACUAGAGAAAUAGCAGGUCAAAGAGAAAUUUUAGCAGCAUAUGGUGGAGUACACCUCGAGGAUAUAAGAGGAAUGAGAGCUCCUUUCCUUUCUGUCGGUGGCAACAAGAUGUUCAAAAUGUUGUACGAUUCCAACUUCACAUAUGAUUCUUCGAUGCCAAUAUAUGAAAAUAAACCUCCAAGUUGGCCAUAUACUUUAGAUUAUAAACUUUUCCACGACUGCAUGAUACCACCUUGUCCUACCAGAUCCUAUCCAGGAGUUUGGGAAGUCCCAAUGGUGAUGUGGCAAGAUUUGAACGGUGGAAGAUGUUCCAUGGGAGAUGCUUGCAGCAAUCCAGCUGAUGCUGAAGGCGUUCACAAGAUGAUCAUGAAGAACUUCCAAAGGCAUUACACAACAAACAGAGCACCUUUCGGACUUUUCUACCAUGCCGCUUGGUUCACACAACCACACCAUAAAGAAGGUUUCAUCAACUUCUUGGACAACAUCUUAGCUAUGAGAGAUGUCUGGGUCAUCACCAACUGGCAAGCUGUACAAUGGGUCAGAGAUCCAACACCAACAUCAAGAUUAGGAUCCUUCAAACCAUUCCAAUGUGACUUUGCAGACAGGCCAAAACGCUGCAACAAUCCCAAAGUCUGCAACCUUUGGCACAAAUCUGGAGUGAGGUACAUGAGAACUUGCCAACCUUGCCCUGACAUCUAUCCAUGGACCGGAAAUUCAGGAAUUCGCAGUAGUAGAAUCGAUAACGAUAUAGAAGAUUAGAUUUUUAAGAUUAAAUUAUUUAUAUCGACUUCUCUCUUCUUUGAAGAGUGGAAUUUUCCAUGUGAAUGUAAAGUAUGUGUGUUUUUGUACACUUUUGUUAUCGACAGUCUUCGAUACUCCCUUGUUUCUUUUUGUAAAUUACUCUCCCUAUCUUGUAUAACGUGUGCCUUAAAUAUAAGAAAACUAAUUGAUAAUCGGAACUUUUCGAGUGAAUACGUUGAAUUAUCAAAUUUCUUAUUUAUUUAUUUCGAUUUUCAAAUUCUUCCUUGUAUUAUGAUGUGAACCAGUGAAAAGAAUGUUAAAUAAAUUAUAAUUUAUAACAA